ACGUUGAUGCGCGAGUGUUAGGUAGAAAUAAGUUUAAAUCGGAAUUUCUUGUACUAAUUCGUGUUUUUCUUUUCGUCUUCUUUCUUUGCAGUGGUGUGGCUACAAGUUUGAGCACAGAUUCAAGUACUGCUUCGUCCGAUACAUCGGAUCCUGGAUCUCCCUAUAGUCCGCCCUCUUUAGGGGAAACCGACACAACGCCUACCGCAAGCUCAAGCCCGCAGCAAGCUGCUACGCCAAAGAAGCAGCUGUCGCUUCUGCAGAAGCCUCUGCAAAAAAUGCCCCCGCUCACACAAACGCUCCCAACAGUGAAUAACAGAUUGAAUCAACCGCAAAAUCAACCUCAUCAAUGGCCAUGGAACAACAAUAACGUUGCGAAAAACGACGAUAAAGCACCUAAAAUCAAUGCAACUACAAAUAACACGACACAAACAGCGUCAACGAACACAGCGUCGACGCAAGUAACAAACAAAUUGAAACGACAAAGUCUCGACAAGGGCGUCGGCGAAGGAUCUGUCAACAAGAAAUCGCGAUCUACGAGUAUUGACGUCAAAGCGCUCAAUAGUUCGUUACCAACUACUACUGCCAAUAAGAAACUUACGACAACGCCUCUCAUUGCAAAGAGCAAGUUUGUGGAUGAAACUGCCAACACGAAAAUCACGGGAUACUUCAAGACACAAACGAAACCAACGCCUCCAUUGAAGAAGGAAAUGUCGAAAGUCGUAAUGCAAGCUCCUGUCCCACCGUUGACGGAACUCUCGAAGCCUCCGCAGAAUGAAAAUCUCAAAAAGUAUUUCAAUAUGUUAACGCAGCAAUCGUCAGACAACAAAUUGAAUGGCAUCAAAGUAAAUGAUGUCGAUGUUCGUCCCGUAACAACAACUGUUACGAACUCUUUGGCUGUAAAGAAAACCAUCGAGAAGAAAACAGCCAAAGUUUCUCCGAUGAUCAACACGAAGAAGAAUGCUGCGUUACAGAAACAGGCGAACAUUGCGCCAAAGAAACCCGUCAAUAUUGCGCCUCGCAUGCCAAAGGUAAAUACGAUUCAAAAUUCUCCCGCUCCAAUUACUGCCAAAAAGUUACCAACCAAUCCGCAAACAAACGGAACUCCAAAUGGCAAACAACAAUUUUUGGAGCAAACGAUAAAACAAACCCCGACUGUUUUGUUGACAGCAAUUCGUAUUCCGACAACACAAGCGCAACAGCAAAUGCCUCCGUUACAACCUACUCAACCAAAUCCCUAUAACGCUUCGCCAAAAGCUCCGCAAGCCAAAGUUGGUCCAUUGUUCUCCGUGAUGCCAAAUUUAGUUCAAAUUCCGAAUUUAGUGCCAACAGCAAAAGCACAAAAUAUCAUGGCAAAUAAUCAACUCGCUGCACGUUAUAACGCCGCAGCGCAAUUACUCAUGAACGGAGCUGUUAUCAAGUUACAGCAACUUUCGCAAAACAAUGGAACAAAUGGUCCAACAAUGGAUUCGACAGUUUCGAGUACGAGCACAGCGCCCGGAUUAACGCCUGUGAAACCCUUAAUGACUCCAAUGCAAGCUGCUGUUGCUCAAGUUCAAGCCCAAGCACAAGCACAAGCUCAAGCACAGCAACAACAAAAGCAAUUACAAGCUGCUCAACACUUUGCAGCGCCUCAAUUGUUCAUAAACACAACUCCCGGACUCUAUUACAAUACAUCGGGCAUUCAAGCAAUGUACACAUUAUCGCAGGGAAUGCAAAAUAUCCCUGCUUUGCAUCCCAUUCAACCACAAACGGCGAAUGUACUUCCGAAUAUCAACACGAUACUGCCAACGCAUCAUCAGAACACGCCGCAACAAUUUAGUGCUGCUUCGACUUCGGUAACAUCAAAUACUCAUGUUGUUACUGUUUCUCAACAAAAUCCGCCAAAUUUGGUUUCUACCAUGACGACGUCAUCGCAAGCGUCUCAAGCAAACAUUCCAAAACCCGCAAAAGCCUCGAAAAUCCCAAAGCCCGCUCUUGUUUCGACAACAAUUCAAUCGCCUGCGCAAUCAGUAGUUACCCCUGUAGUAUCUUCGACAGCAUCAAAUACAUCAACAUCUGUUGGAUCUCAAACAACUUCGACUUACAAAAGUAACAAAUCCAACAAUAUUGCUGCCUCGCCUCCGAAAUCUCCCGCUACAGCUCUCAUCGCAACUUCUGAGCUCCCUAAAUUGGUGCCCGUUUCGCUGAAAGUCAAUACUGCCUUACCAAUUACAACAGUUCCUGUUACUCCCCCGAAAAUAUUGCCUCCGACAACGACAAUUGACUUGUGUUCGCCAACAACUCCCAUGCUAUCGCCGAAAGAGAAGACUCUCUUGCUGAGUCCUACAUCUCCGCGAAGUUUGGUUCUCGAACGUAUCAAGUCAAAGAAGCCAAGUAUCGAGAUAAAUGACGAUUCGACUGUAACAACUGUCGAUUCGGAAGUCAGUAUUAACAUAUCAGUGGAAGAAUCGCUCGCAGAGAAAUCAGGUCUCACGCCAAAUUUGCCCGAACGAAGCAAAAGUCCCAUUUUGACGCAACCCAAAACGAUUAGAUUUCCCGUCGAUCGUGCUGCACGAAUGCGUAUGGGACACAAAGGAUCUCGUCGAAGUGAUAAUUACUCGGAUGGCGUAUGUAAUUGGGAUGGAUGCAGUGAAAAGUUUGACAACAAUUCCCUUUUGUUGGAUCAUUUGCAAGUGCAACACGUGAAUCCACAAACAGGCCCGUAUUCCUGUCUUUGGUCUGGAUGCAAAGUUCACGGAAGAAAAUCAUGCUCGCGAACAUGGUUAGAACGACAUGUUUUGCCUCAUGGCGGUUCAAAGACAUACAAAUGUAUUGUCGAUGGCUGUGGAAUGCGAUUUGGAUCACAGCUUUUACUUCAAAAACACGUGAAUAACCAUUUUAAUCGCGGAGAGCAUGCUAACAAUAAAAAGAACGCAGAACCAACAAGUCUUAAAUGUAUCAAGAAAAAUGGAAAGAAAUUGCGAUAUCGUCGUCAACCAUGGACAGCUCGUCGUUUCGAUUACUUCGAUCUCGGAAUGAUGGAAGGUCUUCAACACAGAUUAAUGCUUGCUGGAGUUCUUUCUACAGGCCCUCGGGGUUCAAUUACAUUCAAAGGGCGCCCAUUGGGAAAACGCAUAACUAAAGAAGGAACAGCUGAGGUUCUCGUCAAAUGGUUCCCUGUUAACAUAAUCUCCGAUGAAUGGAUUCCUGCUCCAAAAUCGCUUCCCAUAAAGCAUGUCGAAAUAAAAUCGCUAAAGUUGUCAGAACGUAUUGAAUUGCAAAAGUAUUUGAGACACGUAUACAAAGUGAAUCAACAUAAUCUUCAAAUAUCCGAUAAGGAUACAGCUUACAGCAGUUGUAGCUAUUCCUCAUCAGCAUCUUCCGUUUCGGGAUCGUCAGCUUCGUCGUCUUCAAUGAUGUCGUGCGACAGCAAUUCCGUGUCAUCUGCUUCUUCGUCGAUGACAGACAACAAAUAUGCAUCAUGUAAUAGCAGUAGCACAUACUCGAGAACUACGAGCAGUCAUCAUGUGAUAUAUUCCGCGGUACACACAAUUAAGAGAAUGACAAAAAAAUAUCGGAAACCACCAAGAACAAUGCCAUCGUGACCUUGUUUUAAGAGGAAAGCUAUUAAUAAUAGGAAGUAAGGCUCUUUUUCGGUAUAAUCGUGUAAAUAUUAAUACUUUAACGACAUAAUAAUCGUGUGUGAAGUAAAAAAUGCAAAAAAAAAAAAUCAGAGAUAAAGCCUUUACUUUUAGUUAAAUUAGUUCAAAAUUAAUUUAUAUGCUCAGUUAA